GUUACCUUUAGCGCGAAUGUGUCGGCAGAGUACGACCGGGUUCAGCGGCUCCAAAUGGGCGGCUUGCUGGAAAACCUUGCGAGCAUGGGAUAUCUCACUCGAGCCGGGAUAUAUGUGACGCAAGCCCUUCUACAAUCUGCAGAGUCUGCUACAUCCCGGUCCCUCCUGGAUGAUUACAGGAGUUAUGACGCGCGCUACCAUGAACCACAGUCCUUCUUCGACGACGUGGAGAGCAUCGAUGACUCCCAGCUCGUUCCGUGUGCUGGUUGGCUAACUUCCGGUGAGGCCGCGCUGUGUGAGAACAACUGGUGGAAAGCCCCGACGUGUCGAUUCAAAGGCAAUGGCAGUUGCGUUCCUUGCAUGACAGCCACGGUCGGGAGAUCUGCCUACAGAGUCGCCGAAGUCAUUGAUAAAGCCGUCGCCCACACGAUGCCCAUUGCUUUGGGAGUGACGAGAAGCGUUAAGGAUCUACAUGACCUGGUGGCGGCUCACCGGACGUUGUUCGUCUUCUGGGAGCCGGAUGUCACCUUUCUCCAGCUCCACCCACGCCGCAUCUCCUUCCCCAAGCACAACCCACUCCAGUGGCUGCGAGGCGACUAUAGCACCGACUCGCAGGCGGAAGACCCCAGGAUCGUGGUCAGCAGUGAUCUGAUGAUGCAUGCGCCCGACGUUCGGGAGAUGUUGCUGAAGAUGAAGUG